GAGACUUUGCCUCUCGCUAUGUUAAUCUUCCAAGCGACAGAAUAUCGAGCCAGUCGAAUACCUAGUGCGUAGUGGUUGCAAUGGAAACACCCACUCCUGAAUCGGCGGUUCCGUCGUCUUCGGCGACUGGGGUUCCUUGCUCGAGCUUGCUGGCGGUGGAGGACGAAGUGGCCGAGAUGACUUUGACUGUGAAGUGGAGUGGGAAGGAGUACACGGUGAGGGUUUGCGGUGACGAUAGCGUGGCAGAACUUAAGCGGCGGAUCUGUGAGCUUACUAACGUUCUUCCUAAGCGUCAGAAACUUCUCUAUCCAAGGAUCGCCAAUAAGUUUGCCGACGAUUCUCUCAUUCUUUCCCAAUUCAACCUCAAGCCAUCAAUCAAGAUGACCAUGAUCGGCACAGUUGAAGAUGAUAUAUUCAUAGACCAGCUGGAUUCACCUGAAAUAGUUGAUGAUUUAGAAUUGGGCCAAGAUGAGGUUGUUGAUGUCAAAGAUAAAAAUGUAAACAAACAGAAACUACAGCGUAGGAUCAGUCAAUACAAGAUCAAACUUCGGAAUCCAUGUCGUGAUGGGAAAAAGCUUCUAGUUUUGGACAUUGAUUAUACUCUCUUCGAUCACAGGUCACCAGCUGAAAACCCUCUGGAGCUCAUGAGGCCAUAUUUGCAUGAGUUUAUGUCUGCUGUUUAUGCGGAGUAUGACAUCAUAGUUUGGUCGGCGACUAGCAUGAAGUGGGUUGAGUUGAAGAUGGGACAACUUGGUGUAUUGAACAAUCCCAACUACAAGAUAACGGCUCUCCUAGAUCAUCUGGCCAUGAUCACCGUUCAAACUGAUUCCCAUGGGACUUUUGAUUGCAAGCCACUUGGCCUAAUUUGGGCUAAUUUCCCCAGGUUCUAUAGCUCAACGAAUACCAUAAUGUUUGAUGAUCUGCGAAGAAAUUUUGUCAUGAAUCCACAAAAUGGUCUUAUCAUAAGACCUUUCCGGAAAGCCCAUCUGAAUCGAAGUACUGACCAGGAAUUGGCGAAGCUUACUCAAUAUUUACUGGCCAUAGCUGAACUUUCUGACUUUAGUUCGCUUAAUCACAGAAACUGGGAAUCAUACACAGAAGACAGCUCUAAGAGGCGCAGGCACAGCUGAAAAGGAGAAACGUCCUUGGCUAUAGGCAUCAAUGAAGAUAUAUACAGCUACCGUUUACUGGGAGAUGCAAUUUACCUGAUCACUUGUUCUGUCAGAACCUAAAACAAUUGUUUCAUUUAGCUACUUUAUUUACUGCUGUUUACAUUAUCUUGUUUGUGCGGUGAUCUGCAACAUCGGUUUAAUUACAGCAGUAAAUACUAAUUUGCACCAUCUUGCUGAAUGUACAGUUUGCUUUUGCUUAUGAUCUCUUUUGUUUAAUUUUUUUGCUGCAUUGAAAUAUGCUACUGCUUUC